AUGCAUAUCAUCUUGACAGGUGCUACUGGCCUAGUAGGCAGCUCCGUCCUGGACGCCAUGAUCAAGGCCAAAGACAUCACCAAAAUCUCCAUCCUUAGCCGCAAACCGGUACGGAUGGCCGAGGACGCCAAAGACCCCCGAAUCAACGUCAUCAUCCACCAAGACUUUGAGAAAUACGACUCUAAGGUGUUAGAACAACUACAAGGCGCAAAGGCGUGCGUCUGGGCCCUUGGCAUUAGCCAAACCAAGGUCAAUGCGCAAGAAUACGUCAAGAUUACCAAGGACUAUACCCUUGCCGCUGCGAGAUCCUUCUCCACACUGACGACGUCGCCGUCAGAGCCAUUCCGCUUCAUCUAUGUAUCGGGCGAGGGUGCCACGCAGAAGCCAGGCCGCUUCUCUGCCAUAUUUGCUCGUGUCAAGGGAGAAACAGAGACAGAGCUGGGUCAAAUGACAGCUUCAAUGCCAACGAGCAUCCAGGCAGACUCAGUGCGACCGGCUUUUGUGGAUGCAAGACAGCACAAAGCUAUUCUGCCAUAUGUUCCGGACCCGGGAGCUCUAUACAAGGCUAGUAUUGCCGCACUCUCACCCUUAAUUGGCCUGAUGAGGGGGAUGCAUUCGCCAACAGAGUACCUGGGAGAUUUCUUGACUAGGAUGGCCAUGGGGAAGGUGGAUUCGCAGCUGGAGGGACCAGGUGCCUUUAAAUUGGGCGGCUCGUGGAUUAUUGAAAAUGUCGGUUUCAGGAGGAUCAUGAAAUUGUAA